AUGGACGCGUCUCAUUACCGUUUGAGCAGGAGCAGUCGGUAUUGCGCGCCCUCUGGUGGUUACAGAGGGAAUGACGUCCACUCAGAUCCGCUAGGUCGCUCGCUACCGCUGUUCUUGUACCCGACUCACGUUGAGCAGCGAGUUUACGAUGGCUCGUACUGUGGCGGCGCGUCUCUACUGUCGUAUCUCCCGCCGUUCCAGGGCAGCUUUGGCGUCUACGAAUGCCCAUUUGAGCCCGCCUUCAUCCAGAAACGCAACGAGCGGGAACGCCAGCGAGUGAAGUGCGUGAACCAGGGAUACGCCAAGCUACGCGACCACCUGCCCAACGCAACCACGGACAAACGGCUGAGCAAAGUGGAGACGCUGCGCGCGGCCAUCCGCUACAUCAAAUACCUACAGGAACUGGUGGAGAAUGCGGGCAGCGCAGAGGAGAACGCAACGGCGUCGCCCCUUUCCAUCUCUGAAUCGUCUUCCGAGGACUCUGUUGGGAGUUAA